AUGAAAAUCCUUCUCACGUUGGCACUCUUCGUUUCAACCAUCGCGGGGGCAGCUGUUGUCUACACAGUUGCCGAUCAAUCCCAUCUUCUCAGUACAUUCAAUGCACUUCGCUCAAAAUGUGCCAAGGGAACACAAAGAUGGCACAAUUACACAUGGGAGUAUGAUGCUCAAUAUGAUGAUACUGUUCCAGACCCACCAGUCAGAUACUAUCCAAAGGCCACUCGAAUGUAUCAAUUGAAAUGGAAUGCAACGUUGGCAGCAGCUGCUCGUAGCCGUUUGAAUACACUGUCAAACAAACAGAUGACAGGGACAGUGCCGGCAAAUGUUGGAGAGAUCACAUAUGGAGUCGAGUAUGGAGUGGCACCCAAUACAAUCCCUGCUGCCAAGAUUUUCGACAAUGCCUGGGGUCAAUGGGGAGCACUUUUCAAUUGGCAAGGACUUGACAAAUUUGCCUAUUCAGCAUCCACCGAUCAAUAUGAAAUGUAUCAGUUGAUCGCUGAUCUAACGACUCAAGUUGGUUGUGCCUACGUGAACAUUACCUCCUCUGGACAAUAUGCCACCGUUUGUCAAUUCUAUCCAAAGAGCCUCGUCGCUGCCAAAGCAGUCUACACAAAUGGAGUUACCAGUUGCUCAGCUUGCCCAAAAACCACAGCCCCAUACAUGAAAUUCUACAUCUUGUUGGCGCUAGUGGUCGUUGCUCUUCUCACCUAUUCCGAAGCUCGUGAUCGACGAAAUAUCGGACAAGGAGCUGGGUACAAUCAAGGUAUCGGUGGCGGAGCUCAACCAAACUGGAACAACAACAACGGAUACAACAAUGGAAUCGGAGGCGGAGCACAGCCAAACUACAACAAUAACAACAACUACAAUGCAUAUGGAAGCUCCGGCAACACAAUAUCGUGUAUGUCGUGUGAGGGCUCCGGUUGCAACUUUAAUCAAUUCCCUGUUCGUUGUGAUCCCACAAACAAAUGCUAUACCAUUUUUCAUCGUGAUGGAUCUGUGCAGCGAAAGGGAUGCUCGAGAUUUGGAUGUAGUCAAGAAGCUUCCGGACAACCAUGCCAAGACUGUACGAACAAUGAAUGCAACAAAGACCAUCGUUACAGCGCAGGCAAUUUUGGAGCUAUGAAUGAACCAGUGAAUCCUUAUGGUGGAACAAACAUUGGAGGUGGCGCUGUUCCAAAUCAUGGUCAUCGUCAUCGAUCUGGCUCGGCACUCGAAAUUCUCUCAUCAAUGAUUCUCAUCUUUCUAUCUCAAUUUCUC